GAUAUCGUGUGCAGUUACUUCCGUGUUUGGCGAGGCUGAGACAGCAGAUGGCGCUGCAGAGACUUUUACACUAAAAUCCGUCAGCGCAGAAGAAGAAGACACAAACAGUGAAAAUCUCAACAACCAAAGAUUUUUCUGCGUUAUAUCUACAUUGCUGAUGCCAAUGUAAGUGACAAUGUCUAUAGUAGCAAAGCGAUGUGGAGUGAAGUUUGAUCCACCUUCAAUCAUCAUCGUAUAUGAGAAUAAAAACACCAGCAGGAUGAGAAAAAGAAUUAUACCAGUCAGAAAUUUCUCACAGUACUCAGACUGCAGCCGGGCAGCAGAGAGACUGAAGUAUCACGUUCGUCACAGCGUGUACGUCGAGUCCGUUUCUUUAGCUCAGCUGGAACGAUUGCAUCUCAUUCUUCGUGAUCACUUACGGGGCCUCAGCUUAGAGGAGAGUCUGGCUGCACAACAGGGGCCCGGCCCCAGUGACGAAGACCUGAAUAAACUGAGCGACGAGGAGUUAAACCGCAGAAAAGCCCAGAUGGACCAACUGUUUGAACGGAACCGCAGACAUAAGGACGAUGCAGACUUUGUGUACGAUUUAGAGGUGGAGUUUCCUGAGAACAGUGUACGAGAGGAGUGUAGCUGGGACGAUCAUUCAGACGAUGAAUUUUAGAUGACGAACACUAAAACUUAUUUUUGGAAUUUACUUGAAUUACAUUAAAGACCUAUGAUGUUAUGUUAUAGUUAGUUUGUUAGGGAGAAAUGUAGUUGCAUUUCUAUUAACAUCUAUGCAUUUUAAUUGCAAACUUAGUUUUCCAUAUAGUAUAUUUCUGGGCAUUUAAAGGUACAAUCUAUAAUUUUUACACGCUAGUGGUCAACAAAAACAACGCCGUAGCUUGAUGAUCCUGUAAAAGAGCGUGGAUUGGUGCAACGAUGGUCAUCUUCUCUGUCGAUAGGAAUCAAUCUGACAGGCCUCACAAAUCAUGUCGAUGGUUGAUGAAUGAAAUAAAGUUUUAUAAACAUGUGCUAGAAUUA